AUAUUCAAUUUCAUGACAAAGAAAAAACAAUAGUGAAAAAGCCUGAUGAAUUUGAGAAUGAAAUGAAUGAACCUGAUGCAUUAAUUAAUGAAGAAAUUUUGAAUCGUAUCCAAGGAUCUAUGGCAGGACUGGGUUUAGGUGAUGCGCUUGGCGCUUAUGUUGAAUUUCGACCGCGUCAAUACUUAGUAGACCACCCAGUAACUGAUCUUGAAUCUGGAGGAACAUUGGGUCUAACCAAAGGACAAUUUACCAAUGAUACUUCCAUGGCACUUUGUUUGGCUAAUUCACUAGUAGCUUGUCACGGUUUUAAUCCUUACGAUCAAUUAGUUCGCUACAAAUGGUGGUACAGAUUCGGAUAUAUGUCGUCGACUGGAAAUUGUUUUGAUAUUGGAGCAGGUACUUGCCAAUCUCUACGAGAAUUUGAGCGUCGUCAAAAACGAUAUGCCAAGGAAUUCAACAUUUUAUUUGCAGAUAUGGAUAAUCUUUCUGAUAGGACACUACUAGAGAUAUUUGAUAUCUAUUGCAGUGAAGAUGGUGUUGCAGGCAAUGGUGCUCUUACACGUCUUGCACCGGUACCAUUAUUUUUUCAUAGAUUUCCUGCAAUAGCUGUGGAAUAUUCCGGUGUCAGUGGACAAAUCACUCAUGGAGAUAGAAAAGCAUACGAUGCAUGUCGUUACUAUGGUGCUUUAAUUGUGGCUGCUCUUCAUGGUUAUACCAAAGAACAAUUACUCGAUCAUGAAUUUUACUCGAAACACGCAGAAUGGUUUCGUAACAUCCCACUUCACCCUGGUAUUCAGUCAAUUGCUGAAGGAUCAUACAAAAUAGAUGGAUACAAUGCUGGUAUUCGAGGGAAAAGUUAUAUAGUUAAUGCUCUAGAGGCUGCUCUAUGGGCAUUUUGGUCUGAUGAAGGCUCAUUUAAAAAGGGUGCACUUGCUGUUGUCAA